CCACUAUUGCACUAACCCUAAAAACUAAUCGCCCUCGUUCCAAUGAAUACGAACUACACAAUUUGAUUGUUCAACUUCAUCUGUUCAGUGAAAUGAAGCACCAGUACUGUGUAGUCUCACUUUUGCGGCUUCACGUUUCUCCAGACUAGCACGCGUGACUACACAGUUUCAGUUCAGCGUCAGUCAUCAUCACCUCAGCCUUACCGGCGGCAACUUACUUCAGUGAUUACCAACAACUUCGUCGAGGUGAUUUCACGCUACCGCGGUGGUCUCAUUCUGCAUCUUAGUACUGAGACAGCCGUUCCCCGGAUUGUACAUGAUUAUCGCAUCGCGAGCAAUAAUAGAGCAUCAGCAUUUUUCGCUACCGGCCAAUGUCAUGGCGGAAGAAAACACAAAAGUAAAUAAAAAGGUGUUAUCAAAAGUAUUAAAUUAAAGCUGGUCGCCGCUGCUGGCUGAUUCUGAGAAAGUGCAAAGUGUCGAUUAGAAAUAUUUUACAACGAAAUCAAACAGAACAGUGUUGGGGAAACUAGUGAUAAGAAGAUGUGACAUCAGUUACCAUGAUUUCCGAUAGUAUGAAUACAAAGUUGUAUGCAAUAAAACAGAGAUGAACUGAACAAAAAAAUCAACAGAGUGAUAAGAUUAGCUGCGGAUAGGAUUGAGUCAAACAUUAUGACAUAAAGUGUAUGUUAAUGACCCAUAAGUAAGACUAGAUUUUUUUUCUCAACCGGAAACAGCGGGUGUAAUCAAGUGCUUUUUCCUUGAUGAUAACCGUCAAUAACGGUCGUUCGAUUACAUAAAUCUAUGCCUUUGCUUGACAAGGUCGUAAGUAAAAGGAAAAACCAUGGCGGACCCAACAAUUCAAACGUUCUGCUGUCAUAACCGGAUACGUUCACCUCCCGCCGUCAAACUUAUGUCCGAAUUUAACACGGACGGUUACAUUGUGGUGUGCAUAAUUUCAUCGGUGUUUGGAAUAGCCGGUGCUAUUUAUCAGAUUUGGAUACGUAACGAAGAAGCUUCAAGCCGACCGGGCUAUCGUCAGCAUCGAUCCGGGUUGAGUUCCGAGUAUGGCACAGGGCGCACCAUAAUCGUCUGGUUGGCGGUAGCCGACCUGUGUGCCUCCUUAGGAGUUUUCAUCCGAUCGGCUCUGUGGAAGUACAUCAAAAAUAUCCUGCCACCAGACUUCGACGUGAACGACGAUACAACAAAUGUAAUAUUCUGUGCGGUGUCGUCAGCAUGGAUUCAGUACUUCUACAUGUGCACGUGGAUUUGGACCCUGUGCUAUGCUAUCAACGUUCGGCGUCAGUUGGGUGGAAAACGGACGAGUCUACGAACCUACCAUAUGUUCGUGUGGAGUACGUCUGCCGUGUUGACUGCCUCCGGUUUAACGGUUUUGUACGUGCCGGAUGCAAACUGUCACAACGUGCAGGAUAUGGCUACUGCUUACGUUAGGAUUCUACCAAAUUACGUACUCACUUAUGGACCGAUGAUUACGGUGAUGGUGGCCAAUCCGAUCCUGUAUUUCACUGCCGCUAAGGAGGUAGAUCGGCAGCUGGUAGCUCGCUUCAGUCAGAUGACCUCGAUGGAACGAGAUCUCAUGACAAAGUUCAAAAUGAAAUUCUGUCUUAUAAAUUUUGUAUUUUACGUGUGCUGGAUACCAAACUUGAUCAACGGUGUAAUCUUAUGGACCAGGUGGUAUUCGCUGCCGUUCAACACGAUUGUUACCGUGUGGUAUGUGAUGGCCAUAACAAAUCCUCUCCAAGCGUUUUUAAACACCUUAGUGUAUCAAAGGUGGAAUUGCGUUUGGUCCUGGCGAAGACUUAACGAUGAUAGGUUUCCUACUGGGAGGCCAAGAGUCUCACACUCUUAUGGUGCGACGGAAGGAACACCACUACUUCAAUCGCAAAUAUUCAAAGGAAAAAUUCCUUCUACAUCAUCCCCACUACGACGUGAUUCUCCGACAGAGCUGAUACCAAACCCAAUGCGAAGCGUCAAUUCCUGUACAAUGGUGUAAAUGGAUGUGGAAAAGGAUCUCGACUGUUUGCGUAAACUCACAAACUAACUUAAGGAACUAUUCUGUAACUAAUUAAUUUAUGACGACUA